GCUUUCGUUUAUAUAAUGGAGCGUCCUGGGAAUGUGAGACCACUGAAUCGUCGGCUGUCAGACUCAUACACUAUUCCGACACCUCUACUCGCCGAAAGAAUGAAAUCCUACACGCUUGUAUUCGUCGUUCUCGCGACUAUCCUCCUCUACACUGAAUAUGCCAAUACGAAUGAAAUAUGUCCUCAAGAGAAUUGCGUUGUGCAUGACAAGUGCGAUCAAUUAAUAAAAGGUGAAAGUUUAUGCCACGAACAGGGGACAUCAUGCUGUAGCGUAGUUAAAUCAGAAUUCAGAACUCAUUGCCGUCACCAUGGUGGAGUCUGCACGGACACAUGUUCCCCGUUGCUGAAACGCGAAACGCAGGACUGCACAGGCAACCAAGUCUGUUGCGUUCUGGUUUAGAUAAAACAAACCAACUGAAGGAUUAGUAAUUAUCCAAAUCUAUAAUCUCACCAUGAUUACAACUAUUAACUCCUAAUCUAAUUGAAUUACAACGACAAAAUGUCAAAAUAGUUUAGCAUUCAACAUUUUUAAUUUUCUAAUGCGACACGAAAUACAUAUUCUAAUUUCUCUUGGAAAAAAUCUGUUCUUUCCAAUAAAAGCGCAUACUAUCUUCAUGUAUUACAUUGUAUCAUACGAGAGAAUUCUAUUUCAAUUAUAAUUAUAAUGAGAUUGAAUCUGAGAAACUUGAGAAAUUUAUUAACAAAUGAAAUAUAUAUUUGUAUUGACAUUAUUAAGUUUUACAAAACUGCGAUCUAUUAUAUCAAUUUCAAAAUAAAUGUCUCAUGUAUUCCAACAUAUAAAUUUCACUACGAUAAAUUAAAUGUAACUUAAUAUAAAUGCGUAAACAAUUUUUAAAUAAAAAUCUCUUAUAAAUACAAA